AUGGACUCAGACUCCGACUUCUACGGAGACGAAGAGGAAGUCGCAGCCCUGGGAUCCAGAGCAAAAGACUUCGACGUGCAGGAUUACUGGCGUGACAUUGAUGAGCAUGACACGGUGCACCCGGGACGUAAGAAGAACUCGGCCUCGUCGCCAUCAUCGGCAGCCAUGACACCCGCAGCAGCAGCGCCGAAGCUGCACAACCCCUACGAGGGCCAGUUGUCAGCCAAGCAGCUAAACGAGACCAUGGCCGCCUUCCUGUCGCGCCUCCCGCCCGCCACGACGGACGUGACACCCGACAUCCCCUGGAUCUACGUCGCCAACCCGUUCAUCCCGCGCGAGGGGGGCGCUGGCGGCGGGGAGGCGCCCGCCGAGUCAGGCGCCCAGCUGAGCACCUUCAUCGAGGGCGGGGGCGAGCGGCUGGAGCUGUUCGGGGACUUUCUGCGGACCGUGGACGAGAAGAAGAGGGGCGGCGGCGGGCGCGUGAGCGCCGCGAUGAGCAGGCAGGUCACGGCGGAGAGGGAGGGGUGCGUCAACGACAUCCUGAUGUUGGCGAGGGCGUUGAAGUGGAUGCUCUUCGUCGAGCCGACCCGCGUCAACGAGGUCUGGGAGCGGGUGGCGACGGCGACGGCGCGCAACGAGCUCGGGAUCGCGGCCAAGGUGGCGCCGCGCGAGGAGCGCGGGUCGGCCAGGGAGCGCCUGGUGUGCAUCUACACGUACGACUUCCGCGACAGGGACGACAUCGCCCGCGUGCUGCACCGCCUGCGGCAGCUGGAGCUCGUGCGGGACCGCGCGUCCGGGAAGCCUAUCUACUACAAGGCCGAUGCGUUCACGUACCUGGGAAUAGGUUCCGGCAAUCCUUGGGGGGUGAGGUCGUCGCUCUAUAGCUCGAGAGAUGUCUUCGGGUACCUCAAGGAGAAGGAGGGCAAGUCACCGACGAAGAUGAAGCCAGUGAGCAAAGGCGACGACGAGGUGGAAGAGGAGGGGUGGGAAUUCUGA